AUGAAUUCCGCCGCAGAAGCUGAUUCUUUUAUCAUCUAUGAAGACCGCCAACUGCAAGAUAUACCUGACGACGAGCUCAUUCCUCACUGCCGGGUCUUACAACCACUCCAACAGCCGCCGCAAGAGCGAUUUCAGCCCAAAUCCACACGGCACAAGAAGAACGACCUCUCACGCGAUGACCGGCAAGUCCAAUACGCCCUUGAGACCCCCCUGUCAUCGCAGAAGUCCCUUCCCCGGCCAGCUGGCCAUCGCCUUAGUCCACAGCAGCUUAAGACCCUUACCGAUUUCCUCAAUGAAGAUCGGUCUCAUCGAGACAUUACGUGGCAAGACCUACGAGAGUUUGUUCCGGGCUAUGUUGACGUGGGAAUAACAGCUCUUAAGACCGGGAUGGGCUCCCUUGGUUAUCGCAGCCGGCGACCCGGCAAGAAGCUCAUGACGAGCGAGCGUAUUCGCAAAGACCGCAUUGGAUCCGAGGCUGUAUUGCCUCUUCAGAUGAGAAGACAUUUUACAGCGUUAACCAAGGCAUACGGCGGUCCACGGUUCGAAAUGACGAGCCCCUUCGUCAAUUUCGUCACCGGCGACAACACGGCAACGGCGUCAACACCUGGGGCGUUAUCUGUGGCCAUUGGAAGGGCUCCAACUUCGUCUUCGGAUUUGAUACACCAAAUAACGGGUUACAAUACUUCCUUGGACCUUUGCAACGCACCGUUGAAGAAGCUAUUCACGCCCUCUGCAUCCCUCUGGUCAACUGGGCCCCUUGGAGUCCUGAUUAAGGGCAGGUGGCCAUUGGAUUAUUGA